GGUUUGAGACGAGGAAAAUGCCAAGCCUGAUUGAGGAGAAUGUGAGAGAUGUGACCAACCGUCCACUCACUGAGUUCAUGGCUCCCUGUAUUGACUCCCUCCCACCACUGGCUUUCACCAAUCGGAGGCCUAUACCAACCAUGUUGCAUCCCCCCUCUCCAUUGGCCAUACGCACUCAGUAUGCACAGCGGUUCAUUGUAUUUUCCUACUUUGUCCCUGCUGAGUGCCCAGUUGCCACAGAGGCCACUGCAGAUGUAUCUGCUGGUAAAAGAGAGGACUUGUCGCCCGAUGCACAUCUAUCCUCAAUGCUGCAUCGAUACCUGCCACACUUCUUUAAUGAUGACUCCAUUCCACCACAGCAGACAGUAGAGGGAACCACUGAGGUCUCAGUUGCUCCAGUGGCAAUAUCUAAUAUCAAGGAAGAGGACAAAUUCUAUCCGUUCUCCCUCCCACCACUGGCUCAGCGGCUCAUUGGCAAUUCAUUCAAUGUCCCGGAAACAUCCCAGCUUGCUGUUUCAGCCACGGAGUGUCGAGUUGCCAAAGUGGACACUGCAGCCACUGUCAGGAGAGAGAACCGAUGGGCAGCUAGCUUCCUUCAACUGUCCAUGCCUGCCAGUCUUUGA